AUGCCUGUCCUUGGGCGAUGGAAUGCAGAUGAAGAUGAUGACAAGCCUGGUCAACGGGCAUCGGGUGGAUGGAGGCAGUGCGAGAGCUCUGGCUCCGACGAGUCGACUAGUCAGACUGGUGUUUGCUCCGUGGAUUUGAAGCUGAGCAUGCUGGAGUCCCACCACCAGCUACACGGCCAGGUAGACGUGUCUGAGUAUGCAACCAAUGGUGCCUCUGUGAAACGCAUCAAGGGUGCCCUUGCAGAUCCCCAAUGCUCCUGUGGGAAGUGCACGAUGCCUCUACCUGUCUUAGCUAAGUGUUGCAAAAGUUUCUGGGGGCUGCCCAAGCAACAACAAGAUGCCAUUCUUUGGAGUCUGCAAAGCGAGGGCAGUGGACAUGCUCUGUGUCGAUCAGCCUGGCUGCGAUUCUUGGGAAUUGGCAAGCAGCGGAUUCUUCGUACCAAGCGGAAAUUCCGGGGUCUGGAUGAAAGGACUUUGGACGGCAUGCAGAACUUUGCCGGCAACUGUUGGACCACUACAAUGUCCAGUGGCGAAACCGACAGCAAUACUGGCAAGCCCGUGAGAGAUUGGGCUGAAAUUGCACCCGACUCUGCCACGUUCAAGAAUGCCUACAAGAUUCGGGCUCUCAGAGAAGGUCUUCCAGGACAAGGACGUCAUCUUCAGUUGUCGGAGAGAUUACCUAGAAAUCUCAGGGCCCAAACUGAGGAAAGUGCUAGAGGUGAUCUCUUUUGCCUUGUCAAACAUGAAAUGUCUGAUCAAGGACUUAGUCAGGAACCACUACUUGUGUGGCCAUCGGCCUUCAUGGACAAGUCCAAGAAUUUCCUUCAGGUUGCCAACACUACGCAGAAGGUGCUGCAUCCGCAAUUUGAGGAUGAGCGGAAGGGUGACAUCGAGAAGCUCAUGCUUGCUAUGAGGAGGGAUUUUCCUGCCUUGAGUCGUGCAGCUGCAUGGUAUGAGUCGUUGUUGGCCCGCAGGCCGGAAGUGAUUGCAGAACCCUACACAAAGCUCAGCUUCCUGGAUAAUGUGAUUGAUGAAGGUCCAUCAAUCCAUGAUUUUCGAUUUGCUCCUCCGCGGCCAAUUCUGAUGCCGCAUCGUUUGGAGGUCAUUGCUGAAUCGAACCUUGGAGAUCACCUCAACAGAGUAUUCCAGGAUAGGAGCAAAAUGGCAGAGGCCAUUGACUUCUACGUUGCUGACAGGUUUCAGGUACCCAAUCAGAAGCUUCACCUGUCAGCCAUUCCACGUGGAUCUCUCGAGGAAUGCUGGCUAUGCCUUCGGCAUUUUGACUAUGGACCUUCUGGAAAGAAUGGAUGUGGGGUGGAGUUCAAAAACAAAGUUUUUGGUCGAAAAGGGGUGUUCUUUCUUUAA